AAAGAGAGGGAGAGCGGCGAGCGCGGCUCGACUCGGCGCCCCGGCGGCUCCACAUUGUUGCGGAUCGCCGGCACCGGCGGAGCGGCGGCGGUGGGGACGCGCGGCGCACCCGGCUCGCUCUCCUCGCGCCCGGCCGCUCGGCCCGCGCCGCCCGGGCAGCUGCCGCCCAGCCGCGCGCCCGCCGCCUGGGCCCCGAGCCCUCCGCGCCGCCGGGCUCGUCCCGCCACCCUCGGAGGACAGCCGGCCAUGGACGCCUGCAAGUUGGAGGCGAGCGGGAGGGUGUGAGCGCGCCGGGGGCCGGGAGCCCGCGCCGGGCAGCCGGGCGCGCCGGGGGUGGGUCCCUCUCCCCAGCCCAGCUCUGCGUGGAAGAAGAGGGCGGGCACGGCGCGGCGAAGACAGCGGAGGCGGCGAGGGGGCAUGACUCGAGCAACUUGCGGCGGGCAUCUGCCGAGCCUCUGAGCCGGCGGCGGCCCGGGCCCCGGACUGCGGCCGCGCGGAUCCCACCCAGCCCACCCCGCCCCGGCCGACGGCUGCGGCUGACCUGGAUCCUCCGAGCGCCCGCCGGCCGCCAGUGAGCCGCCCUCGUCUUCCGGGCUGGUUUCUGGAGCGCGAGGAGCGCUCUCCUCGCCGCCCCUCUCGCCGGACCCCCGGCCCCCGAUGGCUCGGAUGGGGCUUGCGGGCGCCGCUGGACGCUGGUGGGGACUCGCUCUCGGCUUGACUGCAUUCUUCCUCCCAGGUGCCCAGGCCCAGGUGGUCCAGGUGAAUGACUCCAUGUAUGGCUUCAUCGGCACAGACGUGGUGCUGCACUGCAGCUUUGCCAACCCGCUGCCCAGUGUGAAGAUCACCCAGGUCACGUGGCAGAAGGCCACCAAUGGCACCAAGCAGAACGUGGCCAUCUACAACCCCGCCAUGGGCGUCUCCGUGCUGGCUCCCUACCGCGAGCGCGUGGAGUUCCUGCGGCCCUCCUUCACCGACGGCACCAUCCGCCUCUCCCACCUGGAGCUGGAGGAUGAGGGUGUCUACAUCUGCGAGUUUGCCACCUUCCCCACGGGCAAUCGUGAGAGCCAACUCAAUCUCACUGUGAUGGCCAAACCCACCAACUGGAUAGAGGGCACCCAGGCAGUGCUCCGAGCCAAGAAGGGGCAGGACGACAAGGUCCUGGUGGCCACCUGUACCUCGGCUAACGGGAAGCCUCCCAGUGUGGUGUCCUGGGAAACACGGCUGAAGGGUGAGGCCGAGUACCAGGAGAUUCGGAACCCCAAUGGCACAGUGACAGUCAUCAGCCGUUACCGCUUGGUGCCCAGCAGGGAGGCCCACCAGCAGUCCCUGGCCUGCAUCGUCAACUACCACACGGACCGCUUCAAGGACAGCCUCACUCUCAACGUGCAGUAUGAGCCUGAGGUGACCAUCGAGGGGUUUGAUGGCAACUGGUACCUGCAGCGGAUGGAUGUGAAGCUCACGUGCAAAGCUGAUGCUAACCCCCCGGCCACCGAAUACCGCUGGACCACGCUGAAUGGCUCUCUCCCCAAGGGCGUGGAGGCCCAGAACAGAACCCUCUUCUUCAAGGGACCCAUCAACUAUAGCCUGGCAGGCACCUACAUCUGUGAGGCCACCAACCCCAUCGGCACCCGCUCGGGCCAGGUGGAGGUCAAUAUCACAGAAUUCCCCUACACCCCGUCUCCUCCCGAGCAUGGGCGGCGCGCCGGGCCGGUGCCCACGGCCAUCAUUGGGGGCGUGGCGGGGAGCGUCCUGCUGGUGCUGAUUGUGGUCGGCGGGAUCGUGGUCGCCCUGCGCCGGCGCCGGCACACCUUCAAGGGUGACUACAGCACCAAGAAGCACGUGUACGGCAACGGCUACGGCAAGGCGGGCGUCCCGCAGCACCACCCGCCCCUGGCGCAGAACCUGCAGUACCCAGAUGACUCGGACGAUGAGAAGAAGGCCGGCCCGCUGGGGGGGAGCAGCUACGAGGAGGAAGAGGAGGAGGAGGGCGGCGGAGGGGGCGAGCGCAAGGUGGGCGUCCCCCACCCCAAGUACGACGAGGACGCCAAGCGGCCGUACUUCACCGUGGAUGAGGCAGAGGCCCGUCAGGAUGGCUACGGGGACCGGACUCUGGGAUACCAGUACGACCCCGAGCAGCUGGACUUGGCUGAGAACAUGGUUUCUCAGAACGACGGGUCUUUCAUUUCCAAGAAGGAGUGGUACGUGUAGCCCCCUUCCAGAGCCUCUGUCUGUGCCCACUUCUCCCCAGCCCCUGCCCGCACGCCCCCUGCCCGCCCCCUCCUCCAGGAGCUCAGCAGAGACUCCCCCGGCUGCCCAAAGCCGCCCCCGACUCCCGGGGGCCAGGGAGCCCAGGGCAGACAGGGCUCGGCUUUGUUUUUUAUUUCCUCCCCCUCCCUGGCCCUUCCCCAUGGUGUUGUGUUCGACUGUGGCUUUAGUGUUGCUGUAUCUUCCCUGUACCGGCCCCACCCGCCUGCCCUCUGUGUAGGGAGCCCUGUUCUCGUCUUGUGUACCUGGGCGUCCCUCCAGGCUUUGGGGAGCCAGCCUCCCCCGGCCCCCGACACUGGAAUUUGUGUUCUCCUCAUUGCGGGUGGAGGGCUCAAGGGGGCUCCACGAGGAAAAGCCCUCCCACCCCCAGAUGCUGCUCCUCCUCCCCUGAAAGGGAGAGGGAACCCCACACCCCCAUCGAGAACCAACACAGCUGGGAGUCUGGACCCCAAUCUAGACAGCCCGUGCACCCCAGAGGUAGGGGGAGGGGUGUGGCUUCUCCCAAGCACCCAGAGGAGUCCUUGUCAAGUGGGGCCUUGGGCAGGGUCUUCCUGGUGAGGUUGGUUUUACAUUUUUUUUCCUCAUUGGCCUACAGAGGGUAGAGUUGGCCCAGCUCUGACAUGUUCCUCCUAACCCUGUCUGCUCCCCACACAGUGGGGCUCCAGGUGGACUCUGGCCCCCACUUCCCAUGCGCCUCCACCAACACAUACACACACAUGCACACCUGCACACACACUGCUCCGCUCCACCCCUGCUCUCCCUGGGGCCGCGUGCCCCACCCAGUGUGGACGCUGCCCACGGCCCGGCCCUCUCUUCUCCGCCUCUCCCCCCUUUCCAGAUGAGGAUGGGGGCUGCCUGUAGAAGCUUCCAGAGAUAGCUAAGACUAGGCCCCCCGGUCCCUCCACCAUAGGAUCUCGGGCCAGCCUCAAACUGCGUCUUACAGCACAGGAAUUUCUGAUUUCUCCCUUAUCUACCAAGUGCUGGCCACGCUUGACUCUCUGAGAUAGUCAGGGCUGGGAAGCACCUGCAAGAGGGAGAGGUGAAGAAGUACCUACAUGCAGGGCUGUGGAGACGGAAGUGUUUGGCGGGGGUUGGCGGAGGAGCUCUGCAAGCACAGCCUGUUGGACGGAGGAGUCCAGAUCAGCACCGUGGGGGCCACUGUAGAAGCCUCAGGCCUGGCAGGAGGCCGGGUUUGGGGUGGGGCAGCCUCCUGCCCACCCACUGUCCAUCCCUGCCCAGCUGCCCCUGGGCCCCAUUCUGGGACGACUGCAGGACCUGGGAGAAGCCCUCCCUUUUGUGCAGAUUCCUUGCUUGCAUGGGACACUGGGUUCCUCAAGACUGGGUCUUCCUCUGUAUAAUGGAGGAAGACCCCUCCCAGCUCAAAGUGCCUCAGUUCCUCCAUCUGCCCCUGAGAGCCCCCGGCACUCUAGAGACAGGCAUGCCCAUGGGAAAAGCCCUGGGUGAGAGAGGCAGUCCCCAGAGGACCUCAUGCCUGCCCGAAAACAUCCCAACUAACCAGGGUGUCAGGGGCUCUGUAGGAUGGCAAGUGUGGCAGGGGAGGGAGGCAGACCUCUCUGUGCCCCACGGGCACUGUCCUACCCUGCCAUAGGCUUCCUAAGGGAGCCACCCAGCCCCCCACCUCCCCUCCCUGGUGCUGCUAAUGAACCCCCAGCCAGCUCCGUCUCUGCCCUGGCAACCCUGGGCCCACCAGCUGGGCCUCCCUCGCCUGGCCUCACUGCCCUGGCCCUAGCCCAGGCCUCCCAGUAGCCACGUAGCAGAAGUCUGAAGCCAUGCCAGCCCUGGGGCGGCUCUCCCCUCUAGGCAUUGGAGGUACUGGAUGGGGUGGAGUUAGGGGAGAAAAUUCUGGGGUCUUUCUAGCCACAAGGUGGAGGGAGGUGGAGGAGCAGGGUUGCUUCUCCCAGCAGUAUUAGUGUCCCCCCCGCCCAGGGCAGGGGACCUUGUCCAUGUUACAUCACUGCCCCAUCCCACCUCACACCACUCUAGCCCCUCUGCUUGGUCCCCUUGCCCUCCAGGUAGGAGGCAAUCCCAGGGGCCUGCCUGAUGGAGGUGUUCCCUGUCCCCUGCUCCUCCUCCUGCGUGUCUCUUAUCCUGCACUGCCACCCCCUGUUCCUUAUUCUGUGAUGGACUUUGAAGGCCUUGGGCCUAGCCAAAGCACUGAGUCCCCCUUAAAACACCUCCACACCCACCCCACAAGCAAAGCACAAAUUAUGGGGUCCAUGUAGAAUGGGCCAUGUUGGGGGCUCCUGCCCUGCGGGAGCCCAACCACAGCAUACCUACGGACUGCGCUGGGCCAAGCAUGGGCAUGAGGCAGGGUCGGCACUUGGGCCUAGGGAGGGGGAUUUUCUGUGCCCCAGGUCUGGGAAGGGGGCUACUGCUGCUGGGCCCAUAGACACAGCCGGCCGGCAAGGGAGGGCUGGCCCAGCAGGGAGAUGAGGACCUUUUGCUUCCCUUGACGCCCCCAGCAUGAGCUGAGCUUCCGUUUGCUGGAAAUGAAACAAACUUGGUAUGAAUCGUGCCAAGGCCUCCCCAGUUGUCACCCUGCCUCUUGUUGCCCUCCCUGUCCUUGCCGCCCCCCACUCUACCUACACCCCAUUUCCUUACAGAUUUUGAUAUUGUUCUGAUGUGUAACAGAACCAUCUGAGUCCCCUUUUAUCAGAAGGAUCUGAAAAGCAGCAGCACAGAGUAGGUGAACACAGGCCUGCAAGUGCCGCCGCCUCAGGCCCAGCACACAUGCACACAGUGUGCGCGCACACCUCCGGCAGACACAAGCCAGGAGUGUGCCCGGCCAGAGGGGCACUCGGCACAGACGUGGCAGAGGAGGGGGCUUCUCCAGCUUUCAACCGGAGAGCAACAGUGAUUUCCCAGUGCCCAGACCGUAAGAGCCUCAAAGGGGCCUGUAUCUUGGGCAUAUGCCCCCUCUGCCAGCCACCCCCAUGUGCCCAAGUCACUGGUGCAAUAACUUUUCUGCCAUCCUCAAAGCAGAGGACUCGGGACUUGUGUUAGGUGGGUGUGGGCCGCCGGGCUGAGCCAAGCAG